UUUCAUUAAUGCCAAACACAGCUUUAAUUGAAUUUAUUCAAAAUUAUCAAACACCUCCGCUCUUUGAUUCAUCUUACAAGGAGCGACCGGGACAUAGCCGCAAAGAACCAGACUAUUAAGAUUCGGAGAUAGAAUCGUAACCCUAGCAACGCCAAAUCUGUUGAACGAGGGAGGCUAGGCUAGGCUAUGGCAUCUAAUGCACAAAAGAGUGUGGAGGAACAGCAACAACCACAACCAAAAUUACAAAUAUAUUCUUCUGCUAGCAGUGGAAUCUCCCCUUUUUGGAGAGAUAAGUAUGAAAGGGAAGCAAAGAAGUACUGGGACAUCUUCUACAAACGUCAUCAAGACAAAUUCUUUAAGGAUCGACACUACUUGGAUAAGGAAUGGGGAAGCUACUUUUCUGGAGCAGGAAGAAAAGUUAUACUGGAGGUUGGCUGUGGAGUUGGAAACACCGUCUUUCCUUUAAUUGCUACAUACCCUGAGAUCUUUGUUCAUGCAUGUGAUUUCUCACCACGUGCUAUAAACUUGGUUAAGGCUCACAAGGACUUCACAGAGACCCAGGUUAAUGCAUUCGUUUGUGAUCUGACAGCUGAUGAUUUGAGCAAGCAGAUUUCUCCAUCUUCAAUUGACAUUGUAACCAUGAUAUUUGUCUUAUCUGCAGUAUCUCCUGAGAAAAUGCCUCUAGUAUUGCAAAAUAUCAAAAAGGUUCUUAAGCCAAAUGGAUGUGUGCUGUUCCGUGACUAUGCCACUGGCGACCUUGCUCAGGAAAGGUUCAUUUGCAAGGAUCAGAAGAUCAGUGAAAACUUUUAUGUCAGGGGUGAUGGCACUCGGGCUUUCUAUUUUUGUGAUGAGUUUUUGACAAGUUUAUUUAAAGAGAAUGGAUUUGAUACUGAAGAACAUGGUCUGUGCUGCAAACAAGUGGAGAAUCGGUCAAGGGAGAUAGUAAUGAAUCGGCGUUGGGUCCAAGCUGUAUUCCGUGUAGAUGGUGCAAACUUAUUAUCCAGUACAAAUCCUGCAAUUGAGGCAGACUUCCUCUCUAAAGGGAGUAUUAAUCCCGAGGUCGUGAAAGUGCCUGCAAAUGAUUUUGAGAUUGACAUGUCUGAGGGUAUGGCUGUUGAAAUGUUUGGUUUUUCACCUUCCAGUGAAGAGAUUGUUGAAGUUAAUUUACGAGAUAGGAGCUUCAAGAUAAAAGAACUCCACAAAGAGUACCAACACACCUGCAAAUCAACUGGCCUGAUGCUAUGGGAAUCAGCUCUGUUAAUGGCUUCUGUCCUUGCAGCGAAUCCAACCAUUGUUUCUGGGAAGAGAGUCUUAGAACUGGGAUGCGGUUGUGGGGGGCUCUGCUCAAUGGUUUCUGCUACAUCUGCUGACCUUGUGGUUGCGACUGAUGGAGAUGCAAAAGCACUCGACUUGUUGACACAAAAUGUUGUCUCAAAUCUCAAGUCACCAUCUAUCGCCAAACUAAUUGUGAAGAUACUAGAGUGGGGAAACAGAGACCAUAUAAAGUCCAUCGAAGAAUUGAAUGAUGGUGGUUUCGAUGUCAUUAUAGGCACUGAUAUCACUUAUAUUCCUGAAGCAAUCUCACCCUUGUUUGCAACUGCCAGAGAGCUACUUUCUUCUAACAGAGACAUCAGCAGAGACUCUGAACCAGCUCUAAUUCUGUGCCAUGUCUUUCGCAGAGUUGAUGAGCCAUCCAUACUUUCAACCGCGACUGAAUUUGGUUUUCGAUUGGUUGAUAAGUGGCCCACUGGAAUCACCCCAGAUAACAGUCUGUCCCAAAGCAUCAUCCGCACUUGGUUCUCUGAAAACACCCUCGAGUAUAUACCAAAUUCAGCUUUGAAUAUUAUGUACUUCCAAACAGUGUGAAGUAACCUUAUAAAUUCAAUCAUUAUUAUUGCUGCUGCAACAAGAAAUUACAUCAAAAAUAUUUUGCCAAGGAACGUUAGAAUGUUCUAGUGGCAUUUGCAAGAUGAAAGUUUUCAGAAAUUUCCUGAACCAUGAAGAUAUGUAUUCGUACGAGCAUCAUCAUGUAUUCACGUGGUGAUAAUUUUCCACAUUUAAUUAAGGUUUUAUUUUAUUAUUUAUUA